AUGAGGCGUUUAAGGUCCCGGAAGUGCGCUUUACGUAAAGAUGGAGGGUGUGAGUUUACCUGGGAGGAGGCCAUAACGGACGCCCACGGCUGUCUGAAGGUUAAUCUCAUCCAUUUAGGCUCUAUUUUGGUCACCAGCGUGCUCAUGGUGCGCGUGCGCAGGCUCCGUGACCGCGGCUCAGCCCCACGCGCGUGUCCCACGACAGAGACGUCACGAGACUUGGCAAAAGCGCAGAGCAGCGCCCCCCCGUCCUUUUCGGGGGAAAAACGCAGCGGGGCCAUGUCGGGGGCCUUAGUC